AUGACCACGGAGAUGGAGCAGCCGUCCGCAGCUAGCCAGUUGAAGGCCUGGCCGUCUGCCGUUUCUCUCGUUUCUUCCUCUUUCGCUCUGGCGCGUACCAGUGUGCCGGCGAGUGGUGUCGUUGCCUCGCCUGCCCGCCCUAUUUAUGUGUUUACUAACCUGACGCGGAAUACGAGCCAAUUGCAAACCGAGCUCCUCCCCGAGUUGAGCAGCGGCAUGAACUUAGGCAUUACUCUACAGCAACGUUCCUCUGCUGAUGGUGGCGCGUCAGUUGCAUACCUCUUCAACCACCCAUCUCCACGGGCGGAUGUGGCAUACACGCCAAGCUAG